CACUCACCCGCUCUCUCCAUGUGUGUGUGACCAAGGCCAUACCAGCGCUCUCACUCGAGUUCGCACUACUCACACACACACACACUCAGCCCCACACACGCGCUCCUCUUCUCUCUGUCCCUCUCUUUCUCCUUCUGUCUCUCUCACUCGUACACGUGUUCACUCCUUCGGACUGAGUACCAGUAACCAGCAACCAGCAACCCACUCCGUCCCUCUGAAGCAAGCAGCUUGCAACCAGCAUCCAUCCAUCCAUCCAUCCCUCCAUCCAGGUCAGGCUAAGACCAGAAAAUAGCAACUAGUAACUGAAGCCAUCCCAGGCCAAGCUAACACACCAGCAACCAGCAACCAGGAAUCAACCAGCACCAAACAACCAGCACCAACCAACCAGCACCAGCACCAGCAGCCAUGAGUCGCUACGCCUCGUCUGCCCAGUCCAACUCCUCCUACCGCCGCACCUUCGGCACCCCCGGCUUCACCUCCAGCCCCAUGGGGCGAACCCUCUACGGCUCCCGAUCCUCACUGGCCGGCGGCGCCGGUGCCGGCUCUCACGUCCACUCCCGUGUCUACGAGGUCCACAAGAGCUCCUCCUCCUCUGCCCCCGGCGGUUACGGGAGCUACCGGGCUUCAUACGGCAUUCCGAUCGGCGUGGCUGGAAUAUCGGCGUCUUCAGCUGGCCGUUCGUACGCUGGCAUGGGGGAGACGCUGGACUUCAGCCUGGCGGACGCGCUCAACCAGGAGUUCCUGACCACGCGCACCAACGAGAAGGUCGAGCUGCAACACCUCAACGACCGGUUCGCCAGCUACAUCGAGAAGGUCCGCUUCCUGGAGCAGCAGAACGCGGUGCUGACGGUGGAGAUCGAGCGCCUGAAGGGGCGCGAACCCACGCGCAUCGCCGACCUCUACGAGGAGGAGAUGAGGGAGCUGCGGAGACAGAUCGAGAUCCUGACCAAUCAGAGGAGCCAGGUGGAGGUGCAGCGGGACAACUUGGCCGACGACCUGGACAAGAUCAAACUCAGGCUGCAGGAAGAGAUGAUUCAGAGGGAGGAGGCAGAAAAUAACCUUACAGCCUUCAGAGCAGAUGUGGAUGCGGCCACUCUGGCGCGUCUGGACCUGGAGAGGAGGAUCGAGACCCUACAGGAGGAGAUCGCCUUCCUCAAGAAGAUACACGAAGAGGAGAUCCGUGAGCUCCAGGCGCAGAUGCAGGAGACCCAGGUGCAGAUCCAGAUGGACAUGUCCAAGCCAGACCUGACUGCAGCCCUCAGGGACAUCAGGACCCAGUACGAGGCCAUCGCAGCCAAGAACAUCGCAGAGGCCGAGGACUGGUACAAGUCUAAGGUGACAGACCUGAACCAGGCGGUGUCUAAGAACAACGAGGCCCUGAAAGCGGCCAAGCUGGAGACGAUGGAGUUCAGACACCAGAUCCAGUCCUACAUGUGCGAGAUAGACUCCCUCAAGGGCACGAACGAGUCCCUGCUGCGCCAGAUGCAGGACAUGGAGGACCGUCACGGGCGCGAGGCGGGCGGUUUCCAGGAGACCAUCUCCCGGCUGGAGGCGGAGAUCGCCAACAUGAAGGACGAGAUGGCGCGCCACCUGCGCGAGUACCAGGACCUGCUCAACGUCAAGAUGGCCCUGGACGUGGAGAUCGCCACCUACAGGAAGCUGCUGGAGGGAGAGGAGAGCAGGAUCUCCAAGCCAAUGGCAGCCGCCUAUUCUACCAUCAGCUACAGAGAGACCAGUCCUGAGCACCAGCGUGCCUCCACCUCUGAGAUGCACUCCAAGAGAUCCGUCCUCAUCAAGACCAUUGAGACCCGCGACGGAGAGGUGGUCAGCGAAUCCACACAGCACCAAGAUGAAGUCAUGUAGACAACGGCAGGAACACACAAAUACACACUCACACACACACACACACACACACACACACACAGCCAUAUGAUAUUAACUAAGUCAGAUAUUUGACAAAGGAUAUCCAGUCAAAUAAACACACAAUCCUGCAUUGUAUGUCUA